UACCCGGAAGCGGGCGUUGCCGCGGCAACCGCGCGGCGGCUUCCGGGCGGAGCGCGCGAGCGGCGGUGGCGACUUCCGCGCUUUGUUGCGGCGGCGGCGGCGGCGGGGGCGGUUGCCAUGGUGCCCAGCAAGUGCCGGACCGCCGGGCCGGGGAGGCCGGGGCACACCGUCUCGGCCAACAAUUACGGAGUUCAGCUCGUCCUCCAAAGUACGUCGGCAGCGGAAAGAACCAGAUCUCUUGAACUCAGGUUGCAGAAAGAACAGCCGUAUCUUCACAGCCGGUUCUUGCAGCACGAUCUCGAAAAAAACCAUUCUGGAAAACUAGAUGGAAGAUUAAGUCCUUUGUCACGCAGUAAAAAGGUCUGCAUCCCCGUCCCAGCUAAUUUUGUAGAUGCCCCUAAUCUGGAGGCGAAAUAUGGUCCGCCCUUUGGAGACAGCUCUUUUCCAAACCCUUCGAAGUACCGAAUUCAACAGGGCUGCCAUAACGUUGGUACAAAUAGCCCAGAUAAUAAUUCUUAUGGGAACACAGGCUUUCCUUUGGUGCACCGCUCUGCGGAAGAGAAAAUCCAGCAUUCGGACCGGAUGACCCUUGAAAGGCAGAAGCUGACCGUCUGCCCCAUGAUUGAUGGAGAAGAGCACCUCCGCCUGCUGAGCUUUCAGCACAACUUCAUCACUCGAAUCCAGAAUAUUUCUAACCUGCAGCACCUGAUCUUCUUAGACUUGUACGAUAAUCAGAUAGAAGAAAUUAGUGGCCUUUCUACCCUGAGGUGUCUCCGCGUCCUUUUGCUGGGAAAUAACAGAAUAAGGAGGAUUUCAAACCUGGAUAGCCUUGUCACCCUUGAUGUCUUGGAUCUUCAUGGAAAUCAGAUUUCUGCCAUAGAAAAUCUCAGCCACUUAAGCGAUCUCCGAGUGUUGAACCUGGCCCGGAAUUGCUUAACGUACGUGGAAAACCUCAGCGGACUGGAUUCGUUGCUCGAACUCAACCUCCGCUAUAACAAGAUCAGACUGGUGAAAGAUGUGGACACUUUGCCCAGCCUCCAGCGUCUGUUCCUCAGCUUUAACAGUAUAUCUUGCGUGGAAGACAUCCUGUGCCUCGCUGAUUCGGCAUCCAUUUCGGAACUCACCCUGGAUGGCAACCCCAUAGCGCAGGAGGCAUGGUACAAGCCGACCGUUCUCCACCAUAUGAUGCAGCUCCGACAGCUGGAUAUGAAAAAAAUCACAGAAGAAGAGCGGCGCAUGGCAUCCGUUGCCCUAAGGAAAGAGGAGGAGAAGAGGCGUGAGGCUCACAGGCAGGCGUUAUUAAAGGAGAAGAAACGGUUAACUAUCUGUAACAUUGCCCAUCACUGGGAAAUCCAGCAGAAUCGCCUAGUCCAGAAGGCUUCGAACCAGGAGCAUCUCCAAGCCAAGGAGCCCUGUCAGAACAACAGAAAUGUGGCCUGUGAAUUUCCCGAGGAAGCCAGGUCUCUGGAGACGCUUUUGGGCAAAGCCGUGCCAGUUCUGUCUGUCCUGGAGUCCCACCUGGUGGAAGUAGACGGUGACACGCUGUGCCUGUACGGUUCCGGUGCUUUGGAGUCCCUGGAUCGGAAUUGGAGCGUUCAGACGGCUGGAAACAUUGUGGCCAUCUCUUUUAUUUUCAUUGACUUUGAUGAAAUUGUUCCAGUGCUACCAAAACUGAAGAUCAAGUUCCCCAAUUUUCUGCACCUGAAAUUCAAGGAGAGCAACCUUACAAUGUUGCAGCAGUUCAACGCCUUAGCCCAAGUUCGUCGGCUGGAGCAGUUAACCGUAGAGGCUCAGGGAAACCCAGUCGUGACCUUCACCUUGUGGAAGUUUUACGUUCUGUUCAGGCUGAGCCAUUUUAACCUGCAAAAGAUCAACGGAUCAGAGGUUACACAGAAUGACAUGGUCAUGGCUGAAAGACUGUUUGGGAUCUUGGCCUACGUGGCGUCUUCCAACGUGCCCUAUUACCGCCUGAUUUCGCUGCUUGGAGAUUGCAGGAAGAAACAAUUAUGCUUUCUUUUGGAGGCCAAAGGAAAGAAAUUGGGGACUGCGAGUGACAAUGGCAACAGCCACCGGAAGCUCGAAGGAGAAAAUAUGACCCGAUCCAUGCUGAAUUAUAUUUCAAGGGUUUUAGAGAGAGAAAAGCAGGAAGACAUGAAGGACAAGAAGAAGUUCUGCCAAACCUACAUCCAGCAGUUAGUGAAGGAAGCGGCUGACAUCCACGUGAAAUACGAGUCUUUGCAGAAGCUCUGGCCCCAGAUGUUCAUUGAGCUCAUCAGGGACGCCGCGAUCGAGAUGCACAACAAGGAUUCCUACAGGAGGCACUGCUUGCAGCGUGUGGCUGAGCAGAAGCUGUAACGUCACCAGGCUCCCUUCGCGUGUCAGUAUU